AUGCGGUUAUUUAAAAUACCUUUUGAGUCACAUCUUUUUGACAUAUCUUUCUUUUUUUUUAAAUAAAAGCGCAUCUUUUUAUUUUAUUUUCAUUUCUUUUUCUUUUUCUUCUUCUUCUUUAUACCCCCACAUACACAUACACACAAAAUGGUCGAUCUUUCUACAAGCAUUGCUGGUGUUCAUUUACCCAACCUUUUAUUCAACGCGUCUGGUGUCUGCUGUCAAACUACCGACGAUUUAAAGCAAAUGCAAGAUUCUGCUUCCGGAUCCUUAAUCACGAAAUCAGCUACUUGUGCUCAACGUGAAGGCAACCCUUCUCCACGUUACGUUCCUUUACCCACUGGUUCCAUCAACUCCAUGGGUCUUCCUAACGAAGGCUACCAAUACUAUUUGGAUUAUGCCAAGUCUUACGAUUACAGCUCUCCCAAGCCUUUAUUCAUUUCUCUCUCAGGUCUCUCCUUGGCCGAAAACAAGACCAUGUGUGAAGCCUUUGUGGCGGCCAAGUUACCUUGUGUACUCGAAAUCAACUUUUCAUGUCCCAACGUCCCCGGUAAACCUCAAUUGGGUUAUGAUAUGGAGGCUAUGGAAGCAGCUUUAAACACAUUAGCACCCAUUAUCCGUCAACCCUUUGGUAUCAAGUUGCCUCCUUAUUUCGAUAUUGCUCAUUUUGAUGCUGCUGCUGCCAUCUUUAACAAGUUUGACGAUUUGGCCUAUGUGACCUGUAUCAAUUCUGUUGGUAAUGGAUUGGCUAUUGAUUUUGAAACAGAGACAGCAUUGAUCAAGCCCAAGGAUGGAUUUGGUGGAUUAGGUGGUUUCAUGGUCCUUAACACCGCUUUGGCUAACGUCAAUGCCUUCCAUCGUCGUUUACCCACCAAGAAGGUGAUUGGCGUGGGUGGUGUCACCAGUGGUAAGGAAGUAUUUUUACAUGUCUUGGCUGGUGCAAGUGCCGUACAAAUUGGUACCACCUUGAAGGAAGAGGGUCCUGCUGUCUUUGCACGUAUCUUGAAAGAGUUGGAGGAAAUCAUGGAAAAGAAGGGUUAUACCUCGCUUGAGGAUUUCCGUGGUAAAGUCAAGACGCUUUAAAUCACGUGUUAUCCCCUCUGCUGUUCAUAUUACAUACAUAUUAAAAAAAAAUCUCUAUUUCUCCGUAA